AUGGACGGCGCGGUGCGGUGCCUUCGCGCCGCCGUGCGCGCGGACGAGUCCUCCGCGUGCGCGAUCGUCCUCGCGGACGAUCCGUCGAUAUCGUAUGGCGACGUAGGGUGGGAGACGUUCGCGGAGCUCACCAGGCGCGGAUGCGUCGCCACCGCGAGAGGGAAAUCGCACGCGCGCGAUUCGAUCCUCGUCGCGGGGCAUCGCGCGGCGGCGCGAUACCGCCCCCACCCAUCGCCGGACGCAAACCCCGCAGACCUGGAAGCGUUCCAUCCGUUCGUCAUCGACGUCCACUCCGAUCCGUACGGAUGGGUCGGCGAGACGACGCGGGGCGGCGAACGACGCGGAGGCGACGCGACGACGACGACGACGACGACGACGACGACGACGACGACGACGCGGCGAUGCGACGGCGGCGCGACGAACGUCUCCCUCCUCGCGUCCGCGGUCGCGUCCGCGCUGGACGACGCGCGGGAUGGCCGCCGCCAUCGCGCGCGUCCCGACCCCACCUCCACCCCCGCCCCCGCCGACGACGCGAAGGCGACCACCGCGACCGCGAAGAACACGAAAGGGAAGCGCUCGGGGCUGUGGGGGUACUCCCCGCCCGCGUCGGCGACGGCGUGCGUCUACGUCGACUGCGCGGCGGAUCUCGCCGCCGGCGUCGGCGCGGACGACGCGGUGGCGUUCAUCGACGCGCUGCGCGCGGACGAGCGCGUCGCGGUGGUCGUGGUUUUCAUCAGCGGCGGCGGCGGCGGCGGCGGCGGCGGCGGCGGCGACGACGACGUGGGGAGGGUGGCGCGCGCGCUUCGGCGGCGCGCGGCGUGCUUCGUCGACGUCGUCCCGUUCGGGGUACCUCCGGGUCCCGCGCCGGGUCCCGCGCCGAACGACCUUCCCGACGCGCUGCUCCGCGUCGAGCACGUGCGGACGUCGGGACGGACGAAGGUGGAUAUCGAGUCGAUUCGCGUGACGUUCGAGCGAGACGGCGGCGGCGGCGACGGCGAUCGGCGCGAGCGGCGCGCGCGCGCGACAUUCGCGCCCGCGCCCGCGGCGGCGGCGGCGGCGGCGGCGUCGUCGUCGUCCAGCCUCUCCGCCGCGCAGGCCGCCGCGGAAGCCGAGGCCGAGGCCGAGGCGAACGCCGCGCGCAAACUCCAAGCGUCCGUGCCGUUCAACCUCGGCGUCACCGCGAGCGAAGCCGCCGCGCGCGCGACGGUCGACCUCCCGUUCGAGCACCAGGGCGAGGGCUUCGGCCGCGCGUACGACGACGGCGACGCGUUGUCGUACCUCCCGCGCGCCGCGGGCGGCGGCGGCGGCGGCGGCGGCGGCGGCGGGGACCCGCCGUCGUCCGCGACUUUUGUCGGCACGCACAGUCGGCACCGUCCCUCGCCCGCGGCGCGCAAAAGCGCGGGGAUCGAAGGCGUCGGCGGGGGAGGAAGGCGGCGCGGCGCGGCGGCGGCGGAGGCGGCGGGGACGAUCGUGUACGCGCGGGAUUCCGAGGACGACGAGCGGCCGGAUAGCGGCUCGGAGGGGGACGAAGCGAUCGACUUCGAGUCGUAG